AUGUCGGAGCACACCUCCUCCUCGUUCCGGGACAAGGACGACACGGCCAAGUCGCCCGGCGCCCUCGAGACGGGCGUCCAGGAUGCCAACGAAAAGCACCUCGACAUCAUCCAUGGCCACGACGACGGCGAUGGCGCCCAGAUCACGCUGGCGUCGCUGCUGCUCGGCGUCGGCAUCUGCGUCGGCGGCUUCCUCUUUGGCUACGACAUUGGUGUCAUCAGUGGCUGCCUCGUCAUGCCCGACUUUAUCAACCGCUUCGGGGCGCCCGAUCCCAAGAACCCGGGCCUCAACUACCUGCCCGACGAGCACUCGUCGCUCAUCACCUCUCUCCUCUCUGCCGGCACCUUUUUCGGCGCGCUGCUGCAGGCGCCCGUGUCCGACUACGCAGGCCGCAAGGCGAGCAUGCUCGUUUGGGCUGGCUUCUUCACCGUGGGUGCCAUCGUGCAGACGGCCUCGGGCGACAAGUCGCAGUCGGCCAACCUGGCCCAGAUUGUCGCGGGCCGCUUCAUUGCCGGCCUCGGCGUCGGUGCCCUCAGCGGCCUCUGCCCCCUCUACCUCGCCGAGACGGCACCCAAGUCGAUUCGCGGCGCCAUGGUGUCGUGCUACCAGCUGCUGAUCAUCUUUGGCAUCUUUCUCAGCUACGCAAUCUCCUAUGGCACCCACCACAUCGAGACGUCGUCGGCCAGCUGGCGCGUCCCCGUCGGUCUCCAGUGCGCCUGGGGUCUCGGUCUCGUCGCCAUCAUGAUCUUUUUGCCCGAGAGUCCACGCUGGCUCCUCCAGCGCGAGCGGCCCGUCGAGGCACGCAGGAUCAUGGCCAACAUGCGCGGCAUCACGCUCCAGUCACAGCAGCAUAACCCCAUUCCAUCAUCAUCAUCAUCAUCAAAAAAGGGCAUUAAUGACAACGACGGAGCACUGCGCGGCGACGCGGCCAUGGAGGCCGACCUGCAGGAGAUGGUCGAGGGCAUCGAGGCCGAGGCGGCGGCAUUUGCCGGGCGCAACUACAUCACCGCAUACGCCCUCUGCUUUGGCCGCAAGGGCCAGAUGUGGCGCCGGACGCUGACGGGCAUGAUGCUCCAGACGCUCCAGCAGCUCUGCGGCCAGAACUUCUACUACUACUACGGCCCCACCUUUUUCAAGGCCGCCGGCACGCAGCUGGACCCGCUGCUGAUCCAGCUCAUCUUUGGCGCCGUCAGCCUCGCCUGCACCGUGCCGGCGCUCAUCACGAUUGAAAACGUGGGCCGGCGCAAGUCGCUCCUCGUCGGCGCGGCCGCCCAGGCCUUUUGCGCCUACGUCGUCGCCUUUGUCGGCCACUAUGGCCUAGCGCCCGACAAGCAGGCGCCCCAGAAUGCGUCGCAGCGCAACUCGGCAAAUGCAUUCAUUGCCUUUGCCGUCUUGCACCUCGCCGCCUUUUCUGCCCUCUGGGGCCCCACGCCCUGGGUCUACCUCUCCGAGUCGUUUCCCCAGCACCUGCGCGCCAAGUCAAUCAGCCUGGGCAGCGCCGCCAAUUGGUUCUGGAACUUUAUGCUCAGCUACUUUUCCAACAAGAUUGCUGCCAAGUAUGGGCCGUUUAUCAUGCUCAUCUUUGGCUCCGUCAUGAUCUUUGCGGUCCUUUUCGUCUUUUUCGCCGUGCCCGAGGUCAAGGGCCUCACGUUGGAGCAGGUCGAUGAGAUGUACGACGACCGCUCCUGGGCAUCAGCCACCUCGUCAAGCUGAGGCGCGACGCCAGACGUGGGACAGGGCCUCUCCAGUAGCUAGUGUCUCUCUCUCUCUCUCUCUCUCUCUUCUCUCUCAAUGAAAUGAC